GACAUAAGUUGACAAGAAACCGAGCCUUAAAAAACAAUGCAAAACCCUUGAAAUCUCUCAAAUAUAAUUGGUUCGAUGGGAAAGAUGGGAGGAGCGGUGUUCAAAUGGGUGAUGCAGAUGCACAAGGAUGUACCCAGAGCUGCCAAAUUCUACUCCGAUGGUUUGGGUUUCACCAUUAAUGUCUGCACUCCUCGUUGGGCCGAACUCAGCUCUGACUCCUUCAAGCUUGCUCUCUUACACUCUUCCAGUGACCAUGUCGUCCAGAAACAAUACUCUUCGCUCCUGUCCUUUACAGUAACAGACAUUAACAGUACAGUCAUGAAAUUAAUGGAACUGGGAGCAGAGCUAGAUGGCCCAAUCAAACAUGAAAUCCAUGGAAAGAUCGCAGCAUUACGUUGUCUUGAUGGCCACAUGGUGGGACUUCAUGAACCUGCAUGAGAUCAAGCAAAACUCAGUUAACUUCAUUUUCACAUUCUUUUCAAGAGGCUUCAUGGAGUGUUCUAUGUAUCAAUUUGGGUAUCAGACGAUAAGUAAUGUGCAUUCUUGAGGCCGUGCGUGUGCAUCAUGUCGAAAGAACUCAAGAGGAAUAACAUGGUACCUUAAUCAAUUCUCACUACAUUCCACCCAUGCUCAGGCACGCAGCAUUAGUGUUCAGAAUGGAUACAUCUUUUGUUUAUAACGGUGUGCAGGAUACUGUUUCAAAUUCGAUUAUUGUAUUGAGACAGUGCUAACAAUAUGUGAAAUUACAGUACUUGUUAUGAACAAUAACUAUCUCUCUGUUGCUGUUAAAAUCAAUUUAUGUAUCUGUGGAAAAAAAAAAUAUAUCAAUUUAUGUAUGAUCUUGAAACAUGACAUUCUUUUAAUUUUCCGAA